AUGCCGCUCUGUCUCACCUUCAUCGACUUAAAGAAGGCUUUCGACUCGGUUGAGACGGAAGCGGUCGUGGAAGCCUUGGACAACCAAGGCGUCCCUACUCAGCAUAUAAAGGUACUUCGAGAGUUGUACAGUAACUUCACGACCGGAAUUUUGCCAUUCUACAAGAACAUCAUCAUUGACGUGAAGAGGGGAGUCCGACAGGGUGAUACAAUUUCACCCAAAAUAUUCACAGCCACCCUCGAGAACGCAAUGCGAAAAUUGGAAUGGGACGACAUGGUAGUGAAGGUUGAUGGUCGGCAGCUACACCAUUUGCGCUUUGCUGAUGACAUCGUACUGGUAACACCUAGCAUCAGCCAAGCGGAACGAAUGCUGACCAAAUUCGACGAAACAUGUGGAUGCAUCGGUCUUUAG